AUGCAGGGCUCUUUUUAAGAGAAGCAAGCUCUAGCCAACAUCUUGGCUUAAGUUAAAGAUGUGAAUGAAGAAAUCUUUGGGGUUAUAUUAGAAAUAUUAAGAAAGAAAAAAGUUAAUGACUGCAUUGGAUUUCUAUCAGAUAUUAAGAAUUAGAGACAAUCAGAAGAAUAAAUUUUACAACAAGCUGGGAAUUUCACUCCAGCUAAUUCAGAAUAGAGAUUGUCUGUUUUUGGAAAUGGCAUGAAAUUAAUUACAGAUGUAUUAAAAAAAUUAAACGAUCAUGACUUUAAUUAAAAAGACUUUUCCUCUAAAGAAAUUGAAAAAUCAACACUAAGUCUAAUUUAAAGCAUCAAGGAUAAUAGAAGGAUCAUUAAAUUUUUGUAAUUUUUAGUUCAACUCACAUCCAUAGAUGAAAAUUUUAUACAAUGUGGGUCUAAUUCAUUAUAUAUAUUAGUUUAGUUGAAUGCAGACCUAAGAAACAAAAAUUUUGAAAAUAUUAAGAUCUAAAAUACUUCUUUAGUAGGAGUUAAUUUUUUUCAGUGCAAUUUUAGUGGAUCCUAAUUUAAUAAUGUCAACAUAAGUGGAAUAAAUUUGAAUGGAGCAUUAUUAUUUAAUUGUAAAUGGAAAAACUUAAGAAUCCAUGAAUUAAAUAAAUUACACGGUCAUAGUAAUUAUGUUAGAUCAGUUUGUUUCUCACCUGAUGGAAGUACUUUAGCUUCUGGUAGUAGUGAUAAGUCUAUUUGUCUUUGGGAUGUCAAAACAGGAUAAUUAAAAGCCAAAUUGGAUGGUCAUACUAUUUGGGUCUAAUCUAUCUGUUUCUCUCCUGAUGGAAAUAUAUUAGCUUCUGGUAGUUAUAAUAAGUCUAUUUAUCUAUGGGAUGUUAAGACAAAGAAAAAAAUAGCCAAAUUAAAUGGUCAUAAAGACAAGGUCUAAUCAGUCUGUUUCUCUUCAGAUGGAAAUACAUUAGCUUCUGGUAGUACUGAUAACUCUAUCCGUUUAUGGGAUGUCAAAACAGGAUAAUAAAAAGCCAAAUUAGAUGGUCAUUAAUAUUAAGUCAACUCAGUCUAUUUCUCUCCUGAUGGAAAUAUAUUAGCAUCUGGUAGUUGGGAUACCUCUAUCCGUCUAUGGGAUGUCAAAACAGGAUAAUAAAAAGCCAAAUUAGAUAGUUUAAUUGGAUACGUCUUUUCAGUCUGUUUCUCUCCUGAUGGAAAUAUAUUAGCAUCUGGUAGUAGUGAUAACUAUAUCCGUCUUUGGGAUGUCAAAACAGGAUAAUAAAAAGCCAAAUUUGAUGGUCAUACUAGCGCUGUCUGGUCAGUCUGUUUCUCUCUCGAUGGAAAUACAUUAGCCUCUGGUAGUAGUGAUAACUCUAUCCGUCUUUGGGAUGUCAAAACAGGAUAAUAAAAAGCCAAAUUUGAUGGUCAUACUAGCGCUGUCUGGUCAGUCUGUUUCUCUCCUGAUGAAAAUAUAUUAGCAUCUGGUAGUAAUGAUAUGUCUAUCCGUCUGUGGGAUGUCAAAACAGAAUAAUAAACAGCCAAAUCAGAUGGUCAUAUUCAUAAAGUCAACUCAGUUUAUUUCUCUCCUGAUGGAAAUGCAUUAACUUCUGGUAGUCAUGAUAAGUCUAUCCGUCUUUGGGAUGUCAAAACAGGAUAGUAAAAAGCCAAAUUGGAUGGUCAUACUCAUUAUGUAUACUCAGUCUGUUUCUCUCCUGAUGGAAAUACAUUAGCUUCUGGUAGUGAUGAUAGUUCUGUCCGUCUGUGGGAUGUCAAAACAGGAUAAUAAACAGCCAAAUUGGAUGGCCAUACUAGCGCUGUCUGGUCAGUCUGUUUCUCUCCUGAUGGAAAUACAUUAGCUUCUGGUAGUGAUGAUAGUUCUGUCCGUCUGUGGGAUGUCAAAACAGGAUAAUAAACAGCCAAAUUGGAUGGCCAUACUAGCGCUGUCUACUCAGUCUGUUUCUCUCCUGAUGGAAAUGCAUUAACUUCUGGUAGUCAUGAUAAGUCUAUCCGUCUAUGGAAUAUCAAAACAGGAUAAUAAACAGCCAAAUUGGAUGGCCAUACUAGCGCUGUCUGGUCAGUCUGUUUCUCUCCUGGUGGAAAUAUAAUAGCUUCUGGUAGUGAUGAUAAGUCUAUCCGUCUAUGGGAUGUCAAAACAGAAUAAUAAACAGCCAAAUUAGAUGGUCAUACUAGUAUUGUCUACUCAGUCUGUUUCUCUCCUGAUGGAAAUAUAUUAGCUUCUGGUAGUGAUGAUAAGUCUAUCCGUCUAUGGGAUGUCAAAACAGAAUAAUAAACAGCCAAAUUAGAUGGUCAUACUAGUAUUGUCUACUCAGUCUGUUUCUCUCCUGAUGGAAAUACAUUAGCUUCUGGUAGUGAUGAUAAGUCUAUCCGUCUAUGGGAUGUCAAAACAGGAUAAUAAAAAGCCAAAUUAGAUGGUCAUAGUAAUUAUGUCUAUUCAGUCUGUUUCUCUCCUGAUGGAAAUACAUUAGCUUCUGGUAGUGAUGAUAAGUCUAUCCGUCUAUGGGAUGUCAAAACAGGAUAAUAAAAAGCCAAAUUAGAUGGUCAUAGUAAUUAUGUCUGGUCAGUCUGUUUCUCUCCUGAUGGAAAUACAUUAGCUUCUGGUAGUGAUGAUAAGUCUAUCCGUCUAUGGGAUGUCAAAACAGGAUAAUAAAAAGCCAAAUUAGAUGGUCAUAGUAAUUAUGUUAACUCAGUCUGUUUCUCUCCUGAUGGAAAUACAUUAGCUUCUGGUAGUGAUGAUAAGUCUAUCCGUCUAUGGGAUGUCAAAACAGGAUAAUAAAAAGCCAAAUUAGAUGGUCAUAGUAAUUAUGUUAACUCAGUCUGUUUCUCUCCUGAUGGAAAUACAUUAGCUUCUGGUAGUGAUGAUAAGUCUAUCCGUCUAUGGGAUGUCAAAACAGGAUAAUAAAAAGCCAAAUUAGAUGGUCAUAGUAAUUAUGUUAACUCAGUCUGUUUCUCUCCUGAUGGAAAUACAUUAGCUUCUGGUAGUGAUGAUAAGUCUAUCCGUCUAUGGGAUGUCAAAACAGAAUAAUAAACAGCCAAAUUAGAUGGUCAUACUAGUAUUGUCUACUCAGUCUGUUUCUCUCCUGAUGGAAAUAUAUUAGCUUCUGGUAGUGAUGAUAAGUCUAUCCGUCUAUGGGAUGUCAAAACAGAAUAAUAAACAGCCAAAUUAGAUGGCCAUACUAGUAUUGUCUCCUCAGUCUGUUUUUCUCCUGAUGGAAAUAUAUUAGCUUCUGGUAGUGAUGAUACGUCUAUCCGUCUAUGGGAUGUCAAUAAAAGUAAAGAAAUUUUACUAACUGACAAAGGUUAUAAAGAUAUUCUUAAAUAAUUUUAAUCACCACAAUUUUAGAAAAUUCCUUCACCAGGUAUUUAUUUUAUUAUUUAUUUAGUCUUUAAAUAUUCAAUUCUUGUUAUAUCAUAAGAAAUAAUAUUGAAAGCAUAAGGAACAUAUAUUUUUUAAGGAGAAUUUAUCAACUAUUAAGGAAAAGAUUUAAAACCUUUAUUUAAAUCUAAAGGAAGUUUCUUUUUAGAAGACUUAAAGCAAAAAUGA